AUGACCGCCGCCAUGCCAGCGUCAUCCCUCGACCCGCCCGCUCGUCGCUGGUCCUUCGCACCCACUGCCGUCUUGGCCUGCUGCUUCUCCGCCGGGCCUGCGGACCGAGAAUGCGCGGGAAAUCACGGUAAACCGCAGCGAGGGGUGACGUCAUUGGAUGCAGGCGUUGCAGUGUGCGAUUCCUCGUCGCAUGCACAUGACCGCGAAGAUCCCAACACCGCAUGUGCCCACUCAUACAAGACUGACAGCGUUGGAGUAAACGGUAUCCGCAAAUUCGAUGGCAGCAGCUCGGAGACCCCGGAUGACAACGGCGCUGUCGACUCGCGUUGCCCUGCGCCUCAUGCGGACGCCAGGCGUAGCGGCACUGCCGGAGCCGGAUCCGGGAAAUGCGCCGACGGGCUCGCCGCUGAGCGCGGUCGGAGCCGGCUCUCCCGCUUGCUGUCUUCGAUCCGCCGCAAGCGCCGCCGGCAGCCAGACUCGCUGGUGGGGCAGCAGCACCGCGGGGGGCAACGUGACGCGGAAAGGAGGGUGGGAGGGGAGGGCGGAGAGCCGGCGCCUGGUCCAGGCGAGGCGCGGGACGUGUGGGAAGCUGCGGAAACCGGCGGGCUGAGCGCGUGGGUUGUGCCCGCCGUGGCGGCGGCGAACGCGGCGACGGCUGCGCUGGGCGACCUUGUUAUGGGCGGCGGGCGCUUCUGCUUCCCGUCCCACCGGACCUUCCCCCCGCUCACAUCACUGAGCCGCUCCCGCAGCAUCAGUAGCGCCCACGAUGCUGCGGCGGAUAGUUCGCGCAGCCGCGGAAGCGUGUUGGGGCGGAACGCCAGCCUUGAGCGGAAUGUGGUUGGUGAUUCCGCGCAUGCUGGCGCAAGCCAAGGGGGAGGCGCAGAGACAGGCGACUGGGAGAAGAGCGAGAGGCGCGGCACAGUCGCGCCUCAAGAAAGCGGAGCGCGCGAGGAUUCGACGCGGGAGGUUGAAGGGGAGUCACCGGCGGGCGCGGAUAGCCAAGGCCGUGAGGAGGAAGGGGUGACGCGUGCAGGGCAGGGCGGGGAAGCUGUGAUUGUGGCGGGAGAGCGGGUUGUGGGGGCGGUCUGCGAUGGUGACGCGGGCGCGGAUGCGGACGGGAGUGGGUAUGCGCUGACCGCUGCUGAGAUGGGCUCGGACCUGCGGGCUGCGCGAGGGGUAGCACGUGCCAAGCUAGGGACGCGGAGGAGUGCGGGGAUGGGGAAAAGGCGUCGGCAGCGGGUCUAG